UAGGAUGGGAGGGUGUGGCAACGCAGGGAGCAUUUAGUGUGCAGCGCCGGAUGAUCCCGCACUCUAAUUGGCUGUUGAGACUUUGACAGACGCACUCGUCCCUCCCCCUAUCCGGCUGCCUGCCGAAAGUGUAUGUAUGUAUGUGUGUGUGUGCGCGGGGGAGCCGGCAGACUGAAGCGAGCCACAGAGGCAGGCUCUAACUCCAACCCAAUGAGCUCACAGCCCCUCACACUCACACACACUCUUCACACACACACACUCACUCUCUCCUCAGUGCCGGCUCUCGCUCUUGCUUCAACCCUGGGACACAGAAGAGGAAGAAGGGAGAGGGGAGAGAGAGAGAGAGAGAGAGAGAGAGGAAGCGAGUGGCAGAGAGGGAGAGUGAGGGCGAGGGAGUAAGAGAGGAGAGAGGGAGAGAGAGGCAGAGGGAGACUGGCGGGGUGUGAGGGAGAACACCAUGGCUUCAGAUCCGGGGCUGGCUGCGAUGCUGCUAUGGACUAUAUCACUACAGGCUCUGGGCACCGCAGGAACUAACAGCAACGAAGUGAAUCUGCUGGACACGACGACGAUCACAGGAGACUGGGGCUGGCUAACGUAUCCGUCGCAUGGGUGGGACGCCAUUAAUGAGAUGGACGAGUACUUCAGUCCUAUCCACACGUACCAGGUCUGUAACGUGAUGAGCCCCAGCCAGAACAACUGGCUGAGGACGGUCUGGAUCCCUCGAGAGGGAGCGAGGAGGAUCUACAUCGAGGUCAAGUUCACCCUGAGAGACUGCAACAGCAUGCCUGGAGUACUGGGCACCUGCAAGGAAACCUUCAACCUGUACUACUACGAGUCGGACAGAGCGGUGGGCUCGGCUAUACGGGAGAACCAGUUUAAUAAGAUUGACACCAUCGCUGCUGAUGAGAGCUUCACGGGGGUGGACCUGGGGGUCCGCAGGCUUAAACUCAACACUGAGGUGCGAGGGGUGGGCCCCCUGACCAGACGAGGGUUCUACCUGGCCUUCCAGGACAUCGGCGCCUGCAUCGCCCUCACCUCUGUGCGGGUGUACUACAAACGCUGCGUGGGCGUGAGCCGUAACCUGGCGGUGUUCACCGAUGUGGUGACAGGCGCCGAUUCCUCCUCGCUGGUGGAGGUCAGGGGUCAGUGUGUGGAUCACGCAGAGGAGAGGGACACGCCCAAGAUGUACUGCAGCGCUGAGGGGGAGUGGCUGGUGCCCAUCGGGAGGUGUGUGUGCUCCGCUGGGUUCGAAGAACACAGAGACUCCUGCGUGGCCUGUGAGGUGGGUUUCUAUAAGCCAGUGGCGGGCGAUGGCCUGUGUGGUAAAUGUCCUCAGCACAGCCACUCAGAGACCAGAGCUGCCCUCUCCUGCCCCUGCGAUUCCAACUACUAUCGGGCGGCAGAUGACCCACCAGCGGCUCCAUGCUCCCGCCCUCCAUCUGCUCCAGUAAGCGUCAUCUCCUCGGUCAAUGGGACGUCUGUGAAUUUAGAGUGGGAUCGCCCUCUGGAUACUGGAGGUCGCAGCGACCUGCAGUACAGCGUGUUGUGUCUGAAAUGCUCAGGGGAAGGAAGGCCCUGCGAGAACUGCGCAUCCUACCCAGGAGGUGCUGGUGGAGGAAAGGCAGGGGCGAGUAUCGGGUCCAUGGGAGGAGGGAUGGUGGAGCGCUCGGGCAAUGCAGCUGUUCGAUUUGUUCCCCGCCAGACCGGGUUGACAGAGCCCUGGGUGACGGUGCUCAACCUGGUGGCUCACACCAACUACUCCUUCCGCAUCCUGGCUAUGAACGCAGUAACACACCUGAGCAACGAGCCGUCACCUUACGCCUUGGUCAACAUCACAACGAACCAGGCAGCCCCCUCUGAAGUGUUAGCGAUCCGCCAGGAGAACACCAGCCAGAACAGCGUGACUCUGCUGUGGCAUGAACCCAACCAGCCCAACGGAGUAAUCCUGGAGUAUGACAUCAAAUACUAUGAGAAGGACAAUGAAGAGCACAGUUACUCCACUCUGAAGUCUAAAAAUACCAGUGCCCGAGUGUCAGGGCUAAAGCCGGGCACCAAGUACAUCUUUCAGGUCCGAGCCAGAACGUCAGCAGGCUGCGGACGCUUCAGCCAGAACGUGGAAAUCCAGACUGGGAAAGCAGCUCCUCUGCGCUACAACACCAUGACCAUCAUUUGGAUCUGCAUGGCCCUGGUGUCUGGCUUGGUCACCUUCCUGGCCAUCAUCAUCUGCAGGAAACGGCAAGGCUACACUUUACCACACUACCCAUCGCUGCUACACUGUGGCUACAGCAAAGCCUUCCAGGACUCUGAUGAGGAGAAGAUGCAUUACCAGAACGGCCACGUGUCAUUCCCCGACGCGAGGUUCUAUAUCGACCCACACACAUACGAGGACCCCUGCCAGGCGGUCCACGAGUUUGCCCGAGAAAUUGAAGCUUCCAGGAUCAAAAUAGAGAAAAUCAUUGGUUCAGGGGAGUUUGGGGAGGUGUGUUAUGGACGUAUGAGACUCCCAGGGAAGAGAGACAUCCCAGUGGCCCUUAAGACGCUGAAGGCAGGAUACACAGAGAAGCAGAAGAGGGACUUCCUGGCCGAGGCGUCCAUCAUGGCCCAAUUCGACCACCCGAACGUCAUCCGCCUGGAGGGAGUGGUAACCCAGAGCAAACCAGUGAUGAUCAUUACGGAGUACAUGGAGAACGGCUCUCUGGACUCCUUCCUCAGGAGACACGAUGGCCAGUUCACCAUCAUCCAGCUGGUCGGCUUGCUGCGCGGCAUCGCGGCUGGCAUGACCUACCUGUCUGACCUGGGCUACAUCCACAGAGACCUGGCUGCCCGCAACAUCCUGGUCAACAGCAACCUGGUGUGUAAGGUGUCUGACUUCGGCCUGUCCCGAGUACUGGAGGAUGACCCCGACGCUGCAUACACCACCAGUGUGAGUUUUCACAUUGAGGGCGGGAAAAUUCCAAUCCGCUGGACCGCCCCGGAGGCCAUCGCCUACAGGAAGUUCUCCUCCUCCAGUGACGUGUGGAGCUACGGAGUGGUCAUGUGGGAGGUGAUGUCCUACGGAGAGCGACCAUACUGGAACCUCACCAACAGAGAUGUGAUCAAAUCUGUGGAAGAGGGCUACAGGCUGCCUGCUCCUAUGGGCUGCCCUGCUGCUCUACACACUCUCAUGCUGGACUGCUGGCAGAAGGAUCGCAGCGAGAGGCCGCGCUUUUGCCAGAUAGUCACCGUUCUUGACAAGCUAAUCCGCAACCCGGAGAACCUGAAGUCCAUGGACACACUCUGCAGUUUAAACAGUCCUCCACUGAUGGACAGAGCCAUCCCAGACUUCAGUAGCUGUAACUCAGUGAACGAGUGGCUGGACACCAUAAAGAUGAGCCGCUACAAGGACCACUUUGCAGCAGGGGGGUACCACACUCUGGGACACGUCAUAGGCAUGAACCAAGGGGACAUCCAGAGGCUCGGGGUGACGCUGAUGGGCCACCAGAAGAAGAUCAUGACUAGCGUCCAGCUGAUGAGGGCGCAGGUCCUCAACAAGAGUGUGCCGUCUGUGCACGUAUAACUCCAACGCAGAGGUUUCUGUAUGCUGAAAUCUAGAAACCCAGGCUUCUACAAGGUCUAAAAGGGACUCCGUGGAAUUUAAGAUGGUCUGAGAAACAGGAGAAGAAAAUAUGUGGGAACUUUACAAGACUUUUUCCUCAAGAAAUUGAAGAACAAAACGUGAAAGGUUUUAACUGUGGAGCAAGUUAACAUGACUUCUACAGGACAAGUCUGACCUUUCAUUUUUUUUCCUAUCUGAUUGCAUUUUCUGAGUUUAAACGUCUUGUUUAUAAAUGGAAAGACUGCCUUAAUUACCACAAAUUAUUUUAAUUUUAUUGUCUACAAAGAGAAGAUAAUUUAUCAAUCAUGAAUUUAUCAGAGAGAUAUGAUUUACUGAACCGGGCAAUAGCAAGAGUACAUGGAGUGAUGUAGAGGGUGGGGGGUGGGGAUGGGGGGGUGUUUUCAAAUAUUCUGAUGACACUCGCUGCCUCUCCUGCAGUACCAGCUUGAGGAGAACGAGGCCCAGAAUGAGGCUCGCGUCACAGAAAAAGUGGAGAAAAGUGAGAUAGGGCUCACCCGAGUUGCCAGAUCGUCUCCGCAGCGGAGAAGACCUAUUUCACCCCAGGCUAUUAAUACCAACAACAGGCACAUUUCUCCGCCGUCCAACCUUGAUGAAUGACCCCAGGAGAGCCCUGGAGCCCUCUGCCCAGUUUUGAAUCUGCGCAGCGCACAACUACUGUACUUGGAAGAAGUGUGUGAUUCAGUUACAGUGCACUUUAUUCUACAAUCUCUCUGUGUUUGGAGAGGCUUUGCAGUCGUGUCACAAAUCUCCUCUCAGCCACAGCCGGAGCCACAGGGUUGGUCUCGUAAAGAAUUAGCUGUUUGAAAAUAUGAUAUGAUAAAUAAUGACUAACUAUAAAACCCAAGGAGAAAAAGAGAUAUCUCACAUUCAUUAGGGUUUUAAGUAGCUCCCUCAUUACAUUUCUUUCUCCAAAUUUAAGUAAACUGAGAAGAAACUAUAUGUAAAUUACAUAAAGUAUGUGUUUAAAUAUGUAUACACAACUAUUUUGGCCAUUUCAAAUACUGUGAAAAAUAUUACAUCUGAUGCAUUUUCAGUAUAUUUGGGGAUUUGUUGUUAUACCUCUUAUUCCUAAUGCACUGGUAUUUCAAAUGCAGGUUUAAAUGUAUAGCAAAUAUAUUUUAAAUUCACUUCAAGUAUUGUAGAUCUAUUUCAGUUUUUCCUGGUAAAGUUUAUUUUGAUCUUUGCAAUUGUAGUUAAAUUAAUCUUUACUAAAGGUUCACUUACUCCCACAGUAGGCCUAUGUUUGACUACUCAGUGUAUGGCAACUGAGCUAACUGAGCUGGUGAAGAAUGUGAGAUGUGGUUGAGAACAGAACAAGCUAGUAAGUUGACCCUGAGUUAAGAUUAUUUUGUCAAACUCUUUUAGUUCUUCUGUUUCUCUAGUUCAAAUAUAUUUAAAAAUAAUCUAUUUCAAAUAUAUUAUUUAAUAUAUUACAAUCAAUACUUCUCAAGGCAUGACAGGAUACACACUUUUCCUUUAUUACUUUCAGACACAGAAAUACAUUUUCAUGUAGCUGAAAGGCAUUUUUGACACAUAUAUGGAAGAUCCUGUGUGUCAAAAAUGUGUUUGAAAAGUAUGGUGGCCAAAAUGAACAUCGGUUAACAUUUUGCAGUAGCAUCAGUAGCUGGCAGCAAGCUCCUAUUAAGCAAAACAGCUGGUAUUAAUGUUAACUGACAACUAGGUGCUAACUCUAGCUUCUACUAAAUGAGUUAGUAUGUAAGCUAGCUGUACAACAGCAGAUUGCUAAUUAGCCAAGUAGAUAUUGAUGUGUUAGCUAACUGCUGCUGAAAUAUCUCAAUUGUUUUGAUUUGAAACAGAUGUGUUUGUGAAAAAAAAAAAAAAAAUCAGACAAAUGUCUUUACAAUGAUUGUCCAAGGCCGACGACAUGGCUGCACAAGGUGUUGGCUUAAUAUAAUAAUGGUCAAUGAAUUCUAAAGCAGCCCAUAACUGCCAAACCCACAAAAUAUUGUACAUUUUUAUAUUACCUUAAAUUUCCCCUUAAAUAUUAAUCCUUAAUUAACCCAAUAAUUAACCCAAUAUAAAUAUAGUCUUUUUAGCUUUCAACCAAAAUUAGACAUAUAUACCCAAAUUGUCGUUACAACAUCUGAGUAAUAUUUUGCUGGGAGGGUGUGUUACACCUGAAAGCCCUCUUAUCCUCUUGGCAUUUAUGAACAAAAUGGUACAGAAGCCUGUUUAAUUCAGUGGAUGUUUUGGGAUCAACGUCAGCACUAAUACUAUUUCAGUGCAUUAAUUCUGUACCCCAGAGUACAUAUCGGAACACGUCUUUUGUGUGAAUGCUGGGAAUAAAGUACACAUUAGCUACGCAGACUGUAAAAUAAAGUGUUACUUCUGAUUUAAUGUGAUUACACUGUUUGCCUCAGUGUUGAUGAAAAGGUGAAGAAGAACAUGUAAGUAGAAUGUUUAUAUCUAAACGCUCUCAAAAAUACAUAAUCAGCCCCAAUUUAUACCCCUCCCCCCCCCUCCGUGCCAUCAAGAGAAUGUCUUUUUCUUGUGCACCUCGGUAGGUUUUUCCUCUAGAUGAUUGAUGUCAGUUUUUAUUAGAGAAGAACCUCAUGAUAUUUCUUGAAUAUGUAUCAUAGUGGCAUUUCACUACUGGUUUCAAAAGAUUUCUUUUUUUCUUUAGGACGCUUUUGAAGACACUGGACUUGAACUGAAAACCCAUAUUUUAUAAAGUUAGGAUAUGUUUUUGCUAGAUGAAUUGAUUUAUAAUGUAUACAGCAAGUUCAGUCACUGAAAGGAAGAAAAAAAACAACAGAUUAUUCACAUUUCAUUAUUUAUUCAUACUCAUUUGUUUUCCAAAUAAUACAACUCUGAGAGGUUUUAUUACAGUUGAUGAAUCAUCCUUGUUGCUAAUGAUAAAUGUGCAAACUGUCCAUAAAUACACAAUAAAGGAACGUUUGUCUGUGUGUGACUGCAA